UAUUGCUUUGAAUUGCUUUGUUCAUAUGCAUAUUAAUUUACCUUGUAUAUAUUUGUUCCAAAUCGUUUAUAAAAAAUGGAAACUAAAAAUGAAAGUGUGAAUAUUAAUACUUCAACUUCAAGGGGAGUAGUUAGUUCUAAUAGCAUAGUAAAGGAUGUAAAAUUUAAUAACGAGCCUUUGAAGGAAGAAAUACCACAGAAGAAAAGGAAACGAACUGAGGCUGAAAUUGAAGCUAAUCGUUUAGCAGAAAAACAAUAUAAUGAUGAACUGCAAGAGCAGCAAUACAAACGAUUGAUGCAUUUGUUGAAUAAAAGUAAAUUUUUUUCUUCAUAUAUUAUGAAGAAAAUUAAUAGUAAUAUGGAAAAGAAAGAUGACAAUGAAGUCAAGGCAGGACGCUUAAAAAAGAAUGAUAAUGGAGAUGAAAAUACACAGCCAAAGGAGAAAAAGAAGAAAAGUGAAAAUAUACGAAAUUAUAUAUCUAAAGAUGUGCAGAAAAAAAUACACACAAAUAAAAAUAAAAUGAAUUUAAGUGAAGAAAAUAUUGAAGCCAUGUUAAUUGAUGAUUCUCAAAAUGAAAUAGAAAAUGAUAGUACUUCAGAAAUACCAAAAUAUUUCAACGGAGUAUUACGAGGUUAUCAAAAACAAGGGCUUCAAUGGUUAAAAGUGCUUUAUGAAAAUGGUAUAAAUGGUAUCUUAGCUGAUGAAAUGGGUCUUGGAAAAACAAUUCAAGUGAUAGCUCUAUUGUGUCAUCUAUUUGAGAAACAACAAGAUGGGCCAUAUUUAAUAAUUGCUCCUUUAUCAACUAUUCCAAAUUGGAUGUUGGAAUUUGAUAAAUUUGCACCAAACAUACCAGUCAUGCUACUUUAUGGUCCUGAAAAUGAAAGAUUAGCUGCACAAAGAGAGAUUAAGAAAAAGCACAAGAUCACAAAUAAUUAUGGUACACAACCAGUUGUGCUUACUACAUUUGAAAUACCAAUCUUGGAAAAACGUUUCCUUGGCUCUCAACAAUGGAGGUACAUAAUAAUUGAUGAGGGCCACAGGAUAAAAAACCAUGAAUGUCAACUUCUCAAGGUUUUAAAGUACUGUAAAUCUAUGAACCGGCUUCUAUUAACAGGCACACCAUUGCAAAACAAUUUAGCAGAAUUGUGGUCACUGUUAAAUUUUUUAUUGCCAGAAAUUUUUGAUGAUCUAGCAGUAUUUGAAUCAUGGAUCGAUGUAAAGGAACUUCAGUAUGAUGAAGGCACUGAGAAAGUUUUGAAACAAGAACAGGAGAAACAAGUUUUAUCGUCAUUGCGUGAAAUAUUACAACCAUUUAUGUUAAGGCGUGAAAAAGCAGAUGUUUGUUUAGAUAUUCCACCAAAGAAACAAUUGGUUGUUUAUGCUCCCCUUACAGAACUCCAACAUGAUUUAUACAAGGCAGUGUUAAAUCGUGAUUUACAAGCGUUGUGUAAAAUUAAUGAACAACCUAGCAUAUACACAGAGGAUGGCAAAAGGAAACAGAGAAGAUGUGUACUAAAAAAUGUAACUAAUAAUAAUUAUAAUACAAGUGACAGUUUUAUAGAGGAAAAUUCAUCAUAUAGCCCACUUCAGGAAAAUGAUGAAAGUUUAGAUACUCACUCUAAAAAACAAAUAAAAUCUUCGGAUUAUAAGAAUUUGUCAAUGUGGAAACAGUAUACUAAUGUUACAGAACGUAAUCAAGAUUUCCUUAUUAACAUUAAAUUUAAUAAUAGAGCUGGUAUGUACAAGAAAAUUGUAAAUCAUCCAUAUCUAGUUCAUUGUCCAUUGGAUCCGUGUGGUUUACCAUUAGUAAAUGAAGAUUUAGUUAACUCGUCUGGCAAACUGUUAGUAUUAGAUGCAAUGCUUGCAAAACUUAAAAGUCAGGGUCACAAAGUUUUAUUAUUUUCUACUAUGGUAACAAUAUUGAACAUGAUUGAGGAUUAUCUUUCAAUGCGUACUUAUGAAUAUGUCAGAUUAGAUGGUGGUACUAAACUUGAGAUAAGAAAAGAAAAUAUUCAAGCAUUUAAUACAAAUCCUAAUAUAUUUCUGUUUCUUGUAUCAACGAGAGCUGGAGGUGUUGGAUUGAAUCUUGUUUCAGCAGAUACUGUUAUUAUAUACGACAGUGAUUGGAAUCCGCAAAUGGAUAUACAAGCUAUGGCUCGUUGCCAUAGGAUAGGCCAGACCAAACCAGUAGUUAUAUAUAGAUUAUGUACCAAAGGAACUAUUGAUGAAACAAUUAUUAAUCGUGCAGAAGCAAAGCGUGUUCUAGAAAAGAUGGUUAUUGGUAAACAGACUGGCACAGGCAACCUUAAUAGUAAGGAAACAUUGUUAGAACUACAGAGACUUUUAGAAUCAAAGGAGUGUCAAGUAGUUGCGUCUGAAAAGGAAGUUUUUACAGAAGAGGAGCUUAACAAAUUGCUAGAUAGAAGCGAUUUGUAUGCAAAUUUUAAACCUGAGAAACCAUAG